AUGGCUUUACUGAAGGCUCUAUACACUAUCCUGCUGCUGCCUUCGUUGAGUGCCGGACUGGUGACCAAGACAGACAAUGAAUCCGCGGCUCCGGUCGUCACAAUCAAGAAUGGAACCUACGAAGGUCGAUAUGAGCCGGCUUAUGGGACUGACUACUUCCUGGGCAUACCCUACGCUCAACCUCCUGUUGGAAACCUUCGCUUCCGCACGCCUCAAUCUCUCAACACAUCGUGGUCCGGAAGUCGAAAUGCCACCGAGUAUGGCUACGAAUGCAUCGGCUAUGGUCGAGAUACCUGGAGUCAGGGAAACUAUGUGUCUGAGGAUUGCUUGACUCUGAAUGUUGUCCGCCCCAAAGACGCUGGCGAAGGUCUUCCUGUCCUGGUUUGGAUCCACGGUGGUGGUCUGGUCAUGGGUGGAUCGGCGGACCGUCGAUAUAAUCAGUCCUUUAUCGUUCAAGAGUCGGUCAAGGCGGGCACGCCUGUCAUCGCCGUCUCGAUCAAUUAUCGCCUGAGUUCGUGGGGUUUCCUUUACGGGAAGGAGAUCCAGGAGAGUGGGAACACGAUGCUUGGAUUUCGAGAUCAGCGGCUUGCCCUCCAUUGGGUGCGGGAGAACAUCGCUGCAUUUGGAGGUGAUCCCUCACGAGUUACUAUCCAAGGUGAAAGCUCAGGAGGGACAUCUGUUGCAGCACAACUUCUGGCGUACAACGGACGGGACGAUAAGCUGUUCGCUGGAGCCAUCGCACAAUCAGGAAACAUCGCUGGCCUCGGAGCAUAUCCCACCGUCGAAGACUGGGAACCCGUCAUCGCCAACAUCUCCCGCGGUGUCGGCUGCAACAACACCACUAGAAGUGUUCUCGACUGCCUACGAACAAUCCCCACCGACAAACUGAACAGCGUCCUCAACUCCACCCUCACAAGCGGAGCAUCCUUCGGCUUCGUCGUCGACAACGACCUCAUCGUCGCCCCAGCCUCCUCACAGCUCGAAAAAGGCGCCUUCGUCAAAGUCCCCUACAUCGUCGGCGUCAACAGCGACGAAGGCACAGGUUUCAGCCGCCCGGUCAACACCACAGCCCAGCUCCUGCAAGGCCUCACGGCUCAAGGCUACGACAAUGCCACCGCCCAAGACUUGUCCAUCCUAUACCCCGAUAUCCCAGACAUAGGCAUCCCCGCCACGCUCCCCGGUCGUCCCAACGCGACGAUCGGAUCGCAGUUCAAGCGGACGUCGGCAAUGUACGGCGACAUGUCCAUGACCGCGCCGCGGAGACUCUCAGCGCAGAUGUGGACGAAACACGGCGUCCCAGCCUACUCGUAUCGUUUCAACGUCCUGGUCAACGGCAUCUCCUACAUCUUCGGCGCCGUGCACUUCCAAGAAGUCGCCUUCGUCUUCCACAACACCGAGGGCUACGGAUACCCGCAGAACGGCAACCCCAGCCCCCUGGGCGGGCCGGAGAGGGCCAAGUACCUCCGAGUCGCGAAGCUCAUGACGCGCAUGUGGAUUAGUUUUGUGAAUUUCGGGGAUCCGAAUCGAGGGGUUGGUGAUCUCGAAGCAACCCACUGGCCAGUCUAUACGCUGGAGAACCCGCGACAGUUCGUCUUCGAGCAGAAUGUCACCUCGCAUGCGGAGAGCGACUGGUACCGAGCCGAAGGGAUCCAGUACAUCUCCGACCUCAUUCUGUCGAGACGAGGGACGGAGUGCAGUGGGAUCGAAGCAUGCAGGAACAAUGCUUGGCAAUAA